GCCUCUGCGUGGCCAAAUCAACUGUCGAAACACUCAAAUUCACAGUUGAGCAACCGAAAUCAUCAUGCCGUCAGUGUCUGAGAAAGCCAGGGCGAAGCUCGAUGCGGUGCUGAACGAUCCGGGGCGAUAUGAUAGCUCCCAUCUGAAAAAUCGCUAUGCGACGACACGAUAUGCCACGGGCUGCGGCGUGGUCAACUCUGUUCCACGUCGGCCGAGCACCAGUAGCAUAGAGAGCGACAGCGGUGCCCCGAAGAAUAGGCUUAAACGCCUCCUUUCACUUCCAGCAUAUUGAAUGACGAGUGCUGCGAAAUUCAACAAGAAAACAAAAUUACAAACAACUUUGACGGCCAUUGUGUGAUUUGAUGCAUGUUGUUAGUUAGUUGUGCUAUCAAUGAAAUAUGCGUUCCCGUCGGUAUCCUCUAUAGGCUCGUUUGCCGCACAUCGUUUUGGCAGGGUUGAUCUGGUGGCAAACCGGCAUUUGCAAAACGACAUUACGAGGGAACAAUAGCGUAUUGAGACGUUGUAUGCGUGGAUCUAGUAGGAGGAUAAUGUCUCAAUAGAACACAUCAAUACAACACUGGUCUUCCGAGACGUGGUUACCUAUUGUG